AUCAAACCAAAAUCCCCUUCCCCAGCCCUUCGGCGGAACUGCUUUACGCCCAUAAUAAAUACCCCUUUCCCCUCCUCCCAAAUACAGCAGUAAAAUCACAAACCACUCCCCUCCCUCUUCACAAAACAGAGUUCCACGCUUUACCUUUCUUCCUCUCUUCACAAAAAAACACAAGGCUCCCAGCUUUACCAAACUCGGCCAAUGGCGGGGACCGUGGUGGUUUUCGACUUCGACAAGACCAUAAUCGACGUGGACAGCGAUAAUUGGGUGGUAGAUGAACUGGGUUUCACUGAUUUGUUCAAUCAGCUACUCCCCACCAUGCCUUGGAACUCCCUCAUGGGUAGGAUGAUGAAGGAGAUUCAUGAACAUGGGAGAAACAUCGACGACAUUGUUGGAGCUCUACAACGCGUCCCAAUCCACCCUAGGGUUGCUCCCGCCAUCAAAUCUGCUCAUGCGUUGGGGUGCGAGCUGAGGAUUGUGAGUGAUGCGAAUUUGUUCUUUAUUGAGACGAUUUUGGAACACCUCGGAUUGAGGAACUACUUCUCUGAAAUCAACACGAAUCCUGGAUUUGUGGAUGAAGAAGGAAGGCUGAGGAUUUCUCCUUACCAUGAUUUCACCAAAUCUGCCCAUGGCUGCACCCUCUGCCCUCCCAACAUGUGCAAGGGAUUGAUAAUAGAGAGGAUCCAGGCGACCAUAGCCAAAGAAGGGGGCAGCAAGAAGUUGAUCUACCUUGGAGAUGGAGCAGGGGAUUACUGCCCAAGCUUGAAGCUGACUGAAUCAGACUAUGUGAUGCCAAGGAAGAACUUCCCAGUGUGGGAACUGAUCAGCAGGAAUCCAAUGGUGAUCAAGGCUGAGAUCCACGAGUGGAGCGACGGAGAAGAUCUCGAGCAUGUGUUGCUUGAGAUUGUCGAGAGGAUUACUAAAUCGUCAGAUUCAGUUGCUCUGUUAUCAGCAGCUAAUAGCAAUGGCAAUGACUGCAAGUUUCAGACAAUGGCUGCUGCAGCAGCUACAUUACCUCCAAGGCCUCUAUCAGUCCGUCAGUAGAGAAAGAGUAUAGAUUCUGAGUUGGAGUUGUGAUUUGGGUUUAUUAACAAGAGUCUGUUGAUUUGGCAUCUUUGACCAAGAGAAACAUGAAAGUUGAUUUGUAAGAGUCUGUGUGAUUUCUUUCUUGAUCAGAUGAUUGAUCGAAGAAAAUAGAAGCUUAUCAAUGUUAUUAUUAGGUAUUAUUAUUAACAGUGUGGUUACGUAACGUUACACUGUGCCUUUUUGCUGUCUCCUUUGGUGAGAAGAGGAAUGUGGAAUCCUACGGUGAUGCCAAAAGGUAAACUAAAUGCUGGGCUAAAGGCUGGGUUGGUAUUCUUAGGCCCAUUUAGUUGAUAAUUAAUGUAGUAAAGGUCAAGUUGUUAAUGACGUAGGGCAGCAUUUAGUAAUCUUACCAUUUAUUUAUUUAGGGGUUGUUUGGUAGUUGUAAUUGUU